AUGCAACAUACAAAUUUAUCGUAUAAUCAUGAUUCAGAGGCAAAUGUUCCUGAUGAACAUUCGCCAAAUGGACAAAUUGUAUUAUCAUCUGAACCGACGGCGCAGACAAGUAAUGAUCCAAAAACGAGUCCAAAUGUGAAUUUAAACAAUAUAUCAAGUAUCACGAUUGAUAAAAAUGAUGUUUCAUUAGAUAUUGACGAGGUCAAUAUUGAAAAUAAACCUGUGAGUUCAUCCGAUAAUGACUCGUACUAUUCUUUAAAACGUCUACUUGAUAAACGCCGAGGCGAGCGUGAUGAAGAUUCAAAGUUACCACGACGUGUUAAACAAUUUUAUAAAGAUCAAGAUGAACUUAUUGAUAUUUAUCAACGUUUGCAUAGCCAUGGAACAGAAAAGGAUACAUACAAAAAGCAGCGUGAUAACUUAAAAAGAAAAUCAAAGAUUUUAACUAAACUUUCACUUGGCGUAAAUAUUAUUUUAUUUAUAAUAAAAAUUGUUGCUUCUGUUAUUUCAAAAUCACUUUCAGUUGUUUCUUCUGUUAUUGAUUCAGCUGUUGACCUUGCAACAUCAGUCAUUUUAUUUUUGGCAUGGCGUUCCAUUAAAAAACGAGAUCCAUAUCGUUAUCCGGAAGGUCGUGAACGUCUUGAACCAAUUGCAAUCAUUAUUUUAUCGGUUAUCAUGAGUGCGGCAUCCGUUUUAGUAAUUUAUGAAUCCAUUAAUAGAAUUGUUAAUGAUGCACAAUAUUUAACUGAAACAAAUACAACAAAAACUUUAACAGAUAUCGACAUGAGUGUCACGCCUAUUGCAGUUAUGGCUAUAACAAUUGUCAGUAAAGCAAUUCUGUUUGCUCUAUGCUGCCGUAUUAAAUUGCCAGCAAUGAUCGCAUUGACUACUGAUCAUCGCAAUGAUGUUGCUUCCAAUGUUGUGGCUCUUUUUUGUGGUCUCAUCGCUACAUAUGCAUAUAAGAAUAAAAUAAAUCAAAAAGCAGUUGUUAUCGAUCCUAUUGGUGCUAUACUUAUUUCAAUCUAUAUUAUCAUUAUGUGGGUUCAACAAGCUAAUGAUCAAGUAAAACAUUUAAGUGGACACACAGCUGAUCCGAAAUUUCUCUCACAACUAACUUGGUUAACGUAUCAUCAUUCCCCUGCAAUUUUGAAAAUCGAUACAGUACGAGCCUUCUAUUCGGGAACAUUGUAUUUAGUAGAAGUUCAUAUUGUUUUGCCUAAAGAUAUGAUACUCACAGAAUCACAUGAUAUUGGAGAAUCAUUACAAAACAAAAUUGAAGAUUUACCUGAAGUUGAACGGGCUUUUGUUCAUGUCGAUCAUGACUAUGCUCAUAAUCCUACCCAUGAACAUAAAGUUGUUUAA